GUCGAAACGUUGCCAAGACACUUCCAAUUUUACGUGGGAGAAAACCCGAAAUAUGGAGUGUAUUAAUUCCCAAUUCUCUCCAUCUUCACAGUUCUUCCAGAGGGUUUAAAGAAAACAUUUUUAACAUGGGUCUCUCUGGGAUUCAACACUUUCAGGCCUCAAUGUUUUCAUUAGGAUUUGGAUUUGACAUUUUCUGCCAUGACAUUUAAGGGAGCUUUAGAGACAGGUGCUGAUCUAUCUUUGCUCCCUUGCUAAUAGCAGGCAUGCUAUUCAUGGGGGAGGACGGGACACGAUGGAUACCCUUGUCUAAUGUUACAGCACUAAGUUUUCAGUUACAGGAAGAUGGCAAGGUUUGGAAAAUCAAGUUUUUGAUAUGGAGGAACCGAAAUGCGUCACCAUCAUUUGACCGUAAGAAGAAAUGAUGGAUCCUUAACUGAAAAAAGGCAAGUGGAACAGGAACAGCACGCAAGACCUUUUCUCGGCCUGCUGACUUGGCGUCCAAUAUUCCUUCUCCAUCAUGGACUCUCCGCUGAAAAAGGAGGAGCCAGACAGUCCCAGGUUUUAUCAUUCGGGGCUUUAUGACUCCCUUGAAGAUUUCUUUCCCGAGGAACCGUUUCGAAGGCGAGAUCUAUCUCCGCAUGAAAAGGGGGCAACACAAGAUGCCGAGAAGCAAGGUGCACCCCAUUUGGAGUCUGGGGAUCAGCAACCCACAGGCCAUGAGCGAGAGAAUAAUGAGAAGAGUGACAAUGAUGUUCUUGAGGACAAGGAGGCGAGCCGACGGUCCUACCAAGAGAAAGAACUAUAUUGCAUUACUUGCUGUGUUCCAGUGACACCUUUCAAUAGCAAGAAUAACGACCAUCAAGAGCACGAAGUCAUGUCUCUCGCGGCUGUGGUGUAUAUCGCAAAGGAUGCACUUCAGAAAAACAUUGGCCGAUUGGAAGACCAAAUCGCUCACCUGGAGAGUUUUGCUAGCCACUUGGAGGAAAUUUUUAUUACAGUAGAGGAGAACUUUACCAGGCAGCAGCAAAACUUCGAGAAGCGUUACGAUGACAUAAUACAGAUCCUCGAGCAACGAUACGAAGAAAAUAUGCAGGCUUUGGGGGAGGAGAAGAAAGAGAAACUGGAAGCUUUGUACAAAGAACUGGUCCAUUGUGGAGAGAACCUGGAUACUUGCAAAGAUCUGAUGGAAACCAUCGAAAAUCUUGACCAGGGUGAAAAAAAAUUAGAAGCCCUCAAGACUGCAGUUGCAACAAUUCACAGAGUACAUACGUUCUUGAAAAAGGAUGUGACUGUAGACCUAUCGACUCCAGCAGAGUUUGAAAACCGAAUCAUUCAUUUCUCAGACAUUCAGGAACUCAUGGAGUCUGUUAGCUCUUUCCCAAUUUUUACACCCCCUUGUGCACCAGUGAUGAACGCUCAAGAUCCCAACUCAGCUACAGGGUCAUCUGUGAAAGUUUGCUGGAGCUUUUUCUCAGAAGAUAUUGUGGAAAGCUACCAACUCUAUUACAAGCGAGUGAGCAAUGAUACAUCAAGCAAGGAGGAAGAAGAGUUUAAGCUAAAUGUGAAAGAAACCUACUGCACGGUUGCUCAGCUGGUGCCAAACACACAAUACGAAUUUUGGGUGAAGGCAGUUAACAGAGCUGGGGUCAGCUCAGAGAGCGAAAGAGCCGUGUAUAUGACAGCUCCUUUGCCACCUGUUAUCAAAGAGAAGGCAAUUCAGAGCUGUGAAUACUCUGCACUGGUGCGGUGGGAAUGUGGAAAUACUAAUCCUGUGGAAUCCUACACCGUUGAAUUGUCUAAGAUGGCUGGUGAAGAUGGAGGCGAAAUUCUCAUUGAAUCUGUGGUUGGAAUUCCAAAUUGUGAGGCGUUGAUUCAGCUGGAGCCAAAACAGAGUUACCUUCUAUUUGUGAAGGCCCUCAAUAUAGGAGGAUCGAGUGAAAGGAGUGAGCCAGCUUCUGUCCUCAGCACAGGAACUGUAUUCACCCUCAAUGAAAAGACAGCUCAUCCCUUGUUGUCCAUCCUGGAAGAUGGGCUGACAUUGGCCUGCCACGAAGCCAAGCUUGCCCAAAGUGAUGCAUCCUUUGGUGAAGACAGUUUUACAAGAUCCAUUGCUGUGUUGGGAUACCCGAUCCCAUUCCGGGGAAAACAUUACUGGGAGGUUGAUGUUGAUGAGAAUACCGAAUAUUGCAUUGGGGUGGCUUUUGAAAAUGUACCGAGAGACGAUUAUUUGGGCCAAAGCCACUCCUCCUGGUGUAUGAAGCACACCAUUACUUCCUCCAGCCACCUCUAUGAAUUUCUCAAUGACGGGAUGACACCCGACAUCAAGAUCACGGUUCCUCCCGAGAAGAUUGGCCUUUUGCUGGACUACGAUGAAGGGACUCUUUCGUUUUUUAACGCUGAUAUCGCGCAACACUUGCACACCUUCCACAACAACUUUCGAGAUUUUGUGUGUCCCUGUUUUGCGGUGGAAGGCAUCGGUGUGCUCAGGAUUCGAAACGGCAUCACAGUACCCCCACAGGUUGUUUUGUGAUUCGGGAUAGCAAGAUGGCAUUCCCGAUUUGCCAUGGAACACAUUUUCAGCCCCCGCCUCAAUCUUUUCUCUUUCUCCCCCCAGAUUGUCUGUAUUACUUAUUUAUUUAUUUGGUUAGAGUGGGAGACAAGACCGCAUUGUCCAUAAAGUAAAUUCUGUGGAAUACUUCAAAAUGUGUUUCUUGUUGUUUACACAUAAAAAACACUUCAUCUGACCAGCUGAAAUACUAAGGGCUUCAUUUGCACAAAUUAACCUAGUGAGUUGUGAGGGUUGUUUGUUUUUUCUCUAGUUUGACUUGCUUUGCAAACUCAGCCUGUUAGAAUAGAUAAUAAUUCUGUGUAUUGCACACUCCAAGAAAAUAGUUUCGUCUAGUAAGCAAUGUAAAUAUUUUGGAUCAACAUGAUACACUCUUUUUUUUUGUAUACGGUAGAAUAAACUUAAAUUCGGGUACAGUAAGGCCCAAGGAAGCAUUGUUAAUGUAGCAAAUUAUUGCAAAUGUUGCUCAGUGGGAAGAAUACAGCAGCGGAGAGACUGGAAAAAUAAAUAAUAAGCAAUACCCUGGCAAAAGCAGACAUGA